AUGGCGACCAAACUCCAGCUGCCAGAGUCCAAUGCCACUGUGCGCGUCCGGCUCAUAGACACAACUACAUUGAUGACUAUCAGGUCUGAAUCAUUCGUCAAGCCUGUGCAGAAAGGCCACGAACUGAUCAACGUCACUGAUGUCGCUUUCUUGAUCGAACACGAACCCUCAGGCAAGAAAAUAUUGUUUGACCUGGGCUGUAGGAAGGACUACUGGAAUCUGCCUGCUGUUAUCCAGAAACGGCUCGGCGAUGUUAUACCGAGCCUGAGAGUCGACAAGGACGUCAGUGAGAUACUGCAAGAGAAGGGUGUGCCACCUGACUCAAUAUCCGCCAUCAUCUGGUCCCACUAUCAUUGGGAUCAUACCGGCAACGUCGCACAAUAUCCCCCGUCAACCGAGCUCGUUGUUGGCCCCGGCUUCAAGGCCAAUGACUCCCUCCUUCCCGGCUAUCCAGCACAUACCAAAUCCCCCGUCUCCGAAAGCGACUUCGCCAACCGCACUCUGACCGAGAUCACCUUUCCUUCCAAUGGCCUCCGCAUAGGCGACCUUCCAGCCCACGACUUCUUCGGUGACGGCAGCCUCUACCUGCUCGACACGCCAGGACACUGCGUCGGCCACAUGUGCGCCCUCGCCCGCACCACCCCUUCUCCUGCCCACUCCUUCGUGUUCCUCGGCGGCGACAUCUGCCACUUCCCAGGCGACUACCGGCCCACGCCUGCCUACCCUCUCCCGGACCCCAUUCCGUCAGGCGUGCUCGACUCAUCGCCCCACUUCCCCAUUCCCUGCCCGUGCGCCCUCUUCACCGCACACCACCCACGCGAGUCCGAUGAGAACAAAGCCCAAGAGACCCCAUGGUACGAGGUCACCGACCAUCCACGUGCGGCAUACAUCGACGUGCCGACCGCGAGGCAAAGCGUGCGGCGAAUGCAGACUUUCGACGAGAGCGAGGACGUGCUGGUGUGCAUUGCGCACGACGCGGCUAUUUUGGACAUACUCCCCAAGUUCAACAAGGAAGGUCUAGAAGGUGAGGGCCUAAACGAAUGGAAGGACAAGGGAUGGAAAGAGAAGUGCCAUUGGCGGUGGCUGAACGAGCUGCCCAGGGGCGGAAAGCAGGGGAGGAAGCUGGUGGUGGAGGGCUUCUGGCGAGAGGGAGAGCCGUGGGAUCGGAAAAGGGCAUUGGAGGAGGGCAGGAGUGAGAAGUUGUAG